CUGAUGUAGCCCAGCAGUUCCAGUAUGUCGUGCGAGUUAUUGGCAGCAACUUUGCCCCAACUGUUGAAAGAGAUGAAUUUCUAGUAGCUGAAAAAAUCAAAAAAGAACUUAUUCGACAAAGAAGAGAAGCAGAUGCUGCUUUAUUUUCAGAGCUCCACAGAAAGCUUCAUUCACAGGGAGUUUUGAAAAAUAAAUGGUCAAUACUCUACCUCUUGCUGAGCCUUAGUGAAGACCCACGCAAGCAGCCAAGCAAGGUUUCUAGUUAUGCUACAUUAUUUGCUCAGGCAUUGCCAAGAGAUGCCCAUUCCACUCCCUACUACUACGCCAGGCCUCAGACUCUCCCGUUGAACUACCAGGAUCGAAGCACCCAGUCGGUGCAGGCCUCUGGCAGUCUGGGCAGCAGUGGCAUCAGCAGCAUAAGCGUGUAUGCCCUCAACGGCCCAGCCCCAGCGCCACAGACUCUCCUUCCGGGACAGUCUCAUCAAGCUCCAGGAGUAGGAGACUGCCUUCGACAGCAGUUGGGGCCACGUCUUGCAUGGACUCUCACUGCAAAUCAGCCUUCUUCACAAACCACUACCUCAAAGGGUAUCCCAAACACCUUUUCUCGCAAUGCGACAAGGUCAAGGAGAGAAGGGGACACAGGUGGUACUGUGGAAGUUACAGAAGCAGCUCUUGUAAGGGACAUUUUGUACGUCUUCCAGGGCAUAGAUGGCAGAAACAUCAAAAUGAGCAACACCGAAAAUUGUUAUAAAGUGGAAGGAAAGGCAAACCUAAGUAAAUCUUUGAGGGAUACAACAGCCAGACUUGCUGAAUUGGGAUGGUUACAUAAUAAAAUCAGGAAAUACACUGACCAGAAGAGUCUGGACCGCUCAUUUGGACUUGUAGGUCAGAGCUUUUGUGCUGCCUUGCACCAAGAACUCAAAGAGUACUACCGAUUACUCUCUGUUUUACACUCCCAGCUACAGCUAGAGGACGAUCCAGGUGUGAAUUUGGGACUUGAGAGUAGCUUAACACUGAGGCGCCUCCUUGUUUGGACGUACGAUCCCAAAAUAAGACUGAAGACUCUGGCGGCCCUGGUCGAUCACUGUCAAGGAAGGAAAGGAGGUGAGCUGGCCUCAGCCGUCCACGCCUACACGAAGACGGGAGACCCCUACAUGAGGUCCCUGGUGCAGCACAUUCUCAGCCUCGUGUCCCAUCCUGUCCUGAGCUUCCUGUACCGCUGGAUAUAUGAUGGGGAGCUUGAGGACACUUACCAUGAAUUUUUUGUGGCAUCAGAUCCAACAGUUAAAACAGAUCGAUUGUGGCAUGACAAGUAUACUUUGAGGAAAUCAAUGAUUCCUUCAUUCAUCACAAUGGACCAGUCUAGGAAGGUCCUUUUGAUAGGAAAAUCAAUAAAUUUCUUGCACCAGGUUUGUCAUGAUCAGACUCCCACUACAAAGAUGAUAGCUGUGACCAAGUCUGCAGAGUCGCCCCAGGAUGCUGCAGAUUUAUUCACAGAUUUAGAAAAUGCAUUUCAGGGGAAAAUUGAUGCUGCUUAUUUUGAGACCAGCAAAUAUCUAUUGGAUGUUCUCAGUAAGAAAUACAGCCUGCUGGACCACAUGCAGGCGAUGAGGCGGUACUUGCUUCUUGGUCAAGGAGACUUUAUAAGGCACUUGAUGGAUUUGCUGAAGCCAGAACUUGCUCGUCCAGCUACGACUUUGUAUCAACAUAACUUGACUGGAAUUCUUGAAACCGCAGUCAGAGCCACCAAUGCCCAGUUUGACAGUCCCGAGAUCCUGAGGAGGCUGGAUGUGAGGCUGCUGGAGGUCUCUCCAGGUGACACUGGGUGGGAUGUCUUCAGUCUGGACUACCACGUCGAUGGACCAAUCGCAACUGUGUUUACUCGAGAGUGUAUGAGCCACUACCUGAGAGUGUUUAACUUCCUCUGGAGGGCCAAGCGGAUGGAGUACAUCCUCACUGACAUACGGAAGGGACACAUGUGCAACGCGAAGCUUCUGAGGAACAUGCCGGAGUUCGCUGGGGUGCUGCACCAGUGUCACGUGCUGGCCUCUGAGAUGGUCCAUUUCAUCCAUCAGAUGCAGUAUUACAUCACGUUUGAGGUGCUUGAAUGUUCUUGGGAUGAGCUUUGGAACAAAGUCCAGCAGGCCCAGGACCUGGACCACAUCAUUGCAGCACACGAGGUGUUCUUGGACACCAUCAUCUCCCGUUGCCUGCUGGAUGGCGACUCCAGG